AUGUGCGACGAGGACAGGGCGCUGCUUCGCGAGGAGUUGGAGCUUAGGAAGGCAGAGGUCGGGCUCAAACUCGUGGCGAUGAUUCAAAAGCAGACCAGCAACGCGUUGAAAGCGGAAGGGAACAAGCUCGCGGCGGACGGCGCGGCGGAAACAAAGGCGGAGCGAGAGGAAAGGCGCGCGGCGCGGGCGACGGCGACGUUUCACGGCGCCACGUGCGACGCGCUCGCCGUGGGACUCGUCACGACGUGCGCGAUGAUGCUCUCGCUCGGCAGACGCGAGGUGGUGUAUCGUUUCGGCCAGCUCACGACGAUUUGCGGUGGUUCGAUGACGUCGUCAUCAUCGUUCGUCGGCGUCGUCGUCGCGCCCUUCGAGACGUACGCCUACGUCAAAGAAUUCAAAACGCGCGCGACAGGUGUCGUCUCUCGCGCGUCGAUUCGCGCCUCGCCGCACAUCCCACCGCGCGCGGACGCGCGAGCGCACGAGCGCGAAGCCAUGCUCGCGCGCGAUGCGCCGCGCGACGCGUCCGCGCGCGCGCUCGCCAACGCGCGACGCAAACUCUCGUCGAACAUUCGUGACGUUCGUAAACGCGCGCUUCGAGCGCUCGUUCUCGCCAACGUCGCCGGCGCGUGCGCGCCCGCGGCGACGGCGCGCGAUCCAGAGGUGUUGAGAGCGGUCCUGGAGCUGUACGAUCGCGUCGAUGACGCGCACGACGAACGCGGGGCGGCGGCGCGCGCGGAGGCGCUGGACGCGAGCGCGGCGACGAGCUGCGCGGAGUGGUCGCCGGCGACGUUUCUGUCGUGGUUGUGCGCGAAGGAGCCCAUGGCGAGAGUGUGGUUGAGAGAGAUCGGGGCGGUGGAGUACAUGGAGGCGGUGGUGCGGGAGAGCGGGAGGGAUCAAAAGGCGCUCGCGCGGUUGCGCGCGGCGGUUGAAAUUCCGAGCUCGAGCGCGGGCGAACUCGGGGAGGAGGAUCAGGACGAUUUCGGGAGGUACGACGCAGUACAAGAUGCACGGGUUCGGCGCGCGCGAGAGAGCACUCAUGGGGAUGCUUCGACGUCGACGUCGACGUCGACGAAGGUGGGCUCGGCGGCGCGCGUUUCGUUCGCGGUGGACGCUCGCAACGUCGCGAGCGCCGAGGGCGACGCGGGAUUUUCGUUACCGUACGUCAACGUGAACGAGACUGAUGCACAGUAUUUGUACGUGUUGACAACACACCUGGACACGUGCACGCAUCACGCGCUGGCGCUCGGUGGUCUUCGAGAACUAGGACGCGCGUUGUCGGAUUUGCCCGUCGAGGCGGUGGUGCAACAUGCGUCGCGCGCGCUCGAACGCGUCUGCGAACUUCUCUCGGCGUCUGAGCCACGACUGUGCACUCUGGAGACUCGACGAGAGGCGUUGAGCGUCGUUAGGCAGUGCGCGCAGGCGCUGCACAGAGAGUUGAUUGACGUUUCUCGAGAGUGCUUGCUGACGGUGGAUGGGACGCCCGUCAGAGCGACGGGAAAAGUGGCGCGCCCGCAGUCGCCGAACUCACCGAUCGCCGAAAACUUUCCACCGAGCGAGCGAGGGCACGGAUAUGGCGCGUCUCGAGGAGCACCGACGCGCGUACUUCCGAUCGCGCACGCGUUUAUGCUACACGUGAUUCCCGCAGUGUGCGAUCCUGCUCUUCGAGCGAGCGCUAUCCGAGCGGUGCGCCUUCUGUUGCCGCUCGUUCAAAUCGACCCUACGAACAAGGAUGCUCAGCCACACGGCGAUGCGUUGAUGCGUCUCGGGCAGUAUCUCGAUUUGUGGGAGUCGUCGUUGGCGACGAUUGAGUUUGAAUCGGGCGCCGCAAGCGAGUAUCUCACGUGCGUUCAAGUAAGCGCGGAAGUAGCUGCAGUGGCGAGCGGUGCACCGAUCCGAGGUGCUGGUGCGGCGCACAAGAGACUGUCCUCACGCUGGUACGAUGUCUGCGUCGACGAAGUCAUCGCCGCGGCGAAUCCGUUGGCUCGGCAAUACUGUGCGCAAGCGCUCGUGCACAUAUGCCCAACGCUUUCUCUUGAUAUUUCACUCGUGCGAGACGCAGACCAGUGUCUGCGCAUCGCGAUGUCGGCGGCGGUUUCUGGUUUAGACGCUAAAUCAUUCGCACGUAUCGUCAGCAAGGCGACACCGGCUUUGAGUAUCAUGGGCGCGACUGAUAAUGUGACGCCGUUUUGCUCAAGCAUGACCGCGAAGCUCGUCGCACUCGCCUCUACGAGCGAAUCAGCAGACGAUCUCGAUGAGGUUGUCAGCGCGAUGCUUGCAUUACUGUCACAUGGCAUCGAUGACGUUCGGACGUCUGCUUACGCCACACUCGCUACAGCAAGCUCGCCGCACACCGCGGCGAGAGCCAUUCUCGAGCACUCUACGAUCAUCGGAGAACUCAUCGUCGGCGGUUUGAACCAUUCGUCCACCGUUCGGAAUGCGGCUUUGUGCUUGGAAUCAUUAUGCAAUUCGACCUUGAAUCGGCGCGCAGUCGCGACCCAGGUUUCGCUCUACUCCGCCUGGAUUGAAGCUCUCAUCGACGAUGCAGACGCUGGACAUGCGGCGAGAGAAGCGCAAAAGAUGAUUCAAGAAGCGAACGUAGGCGGACGAUUAAGCAAACUUGCGCCUCUAUUGCGCGGGUUGUUUCACGAAAGCGAGAAAGUUCGUGUGCGGAGUGCGACCGAUUUAGCGUACGGUAUAGCGCACGGACUCAGCUCGGCAGCGCAAGUUCUCCUGGCGUCUCACGACGAUCCUUUCGAUUCUGUCUUACUCACGGAUGACGAGUACGUGCGUCAAGAAGACGCGGACUCGCGCGUUGUGGCGUUCAAAGAGAGUCUGCGGUUGAGAACGUUUGACGAUGUGCGCGCUUGUUUGAGACGUUUCAUCUUCGAUGACGCGAAACACCGUGACCAGCUCCUUGCCGAGCUAGAAAUCAUGAUGAGAGACGAGAGACUCGCGACUGUUCUCGCCGACCCGAGUUUGCUCGAGUCAUUGAUAAAGUUAACGCUCGAUCAGGGUUCGCAUGUGAACGUCGUGGCCGGCGCGCUGCGAAUUCUUGCUGCUGCGAUCGGGGCAUCGACUCUGGUUCGCGAUAUUUUGAGCCGCGAAGAUGGGCGAGGUGGAAGAGUCACGCAAUUGCUCGGACUCGUGUUCCAUCCUCAGCGUCGGAUUCGGGAGGCGAUGGCGUCGCUUCUCGCGUACUUUCUGUUUUCCCCUGUCUGUGAGACCGUCACGGCGCGCGUGGGUGCGGUAAAAACGCCCGAUUUGAGCCUUCCAAAGCUUUUCCUGGAGACCUACAGGUUUCCUCAGUUCGUUCCCGAGCUCGAGAGCCCGCCGGCGGUUGGCGAUACCGAUCCAUUGAUGACGGAUGUUGUCGACCGAAAUCGAGUUUUGUACAUGUUUAAGCGUCGUCAAACACUCAUGUACACGUACGACGCGGUCGACGACGAUGAAUCUGCGCUCCUCGCGUUUGCGCUGGAUGAAGAGGCAGAAACAGAAAGUGGCGAGCUGCGCGUGAUGCGCGACGCCGCUCGAAUUUCUUGCGCGCCGGUCGUCAUUGGAAAUCUAGUCAGUGCCCUUGGUGAAGCUCAAUCGUACGAAGAAGCGAUGAGAAUCGUCGACGCUUUGAUGACAAACGUCCAAUCCACUCGUUUAAACGCCAUGGCUUUUUUAGCAUCUCUAGGACGAUGGGACGAAACGAGUGAGCGAUUCAUUCGGCGCCCGCCGCGGUCGACUACUGACAUUUCAUUAUGGGUUGGGAUGGCUGAAGUUCUUACAUCGUGCUUAGAGUCAUUCAUGCGCGUGGAAGAUAGUAUUCUCCCUCCUUUGGCGAUGAAAAAAAUGAUCGAAGUCGUCCAUGACGUCAUAGUUCCGCUCGCGAGUGCAGGCGCGGCGCUGAGCGUCAGCUGCGACGGUGAUAUGUUACGCGACCCACCAGUGCUUAGACAUCCUAUCGCGGCUGGUAAAGCACUCGGUGACGAUGGUGGCGCUUUUUGCGCGGCGCGCGCAGACGCUGUACGUGCGGCGAUGAGCUUGCUUGCGAACGUGUACGAAGCAGCGAGGAGAUUUAGAAUUUAUGCGGUACCCGACGUUGACGCGGAAGCCGUGGUGGCAGAACUUCUCGAUAUCGAUUGCGUCGGCGUGGUGACAAACACGUUAGUCGGAGAGCCAAGUUGCGACUACACGGCUAGGUGUGUCGCCAUCGAUGCCGUGAAUGCGGCGCUGCGUCUCGGAGGGGUUCCAUCCGAAGACAUCUUCAACCUGGUUCAGUCGAUGUUAACGAGGGUGUAUCCGUCAUACUCGUCCUCGGAUCAUCGCGGCUCUGUACUCAUGAACAAGGCGACGCGUGUUUUACUGCUCAUUAUGGACAGUUCUAGAUCUGAUAAAUGGGCCGACGGUUUCUAUGAAAUCGACGACUUGGUUUGGUUGAGUGACAUGCUUGUCGAUGCGUCUUCUCGCGCACGUGAGAGGGCAUGGCAAAUCGUAGCGGCAUCCGUAGGACCAAGCUCUCCAAUCGCGGACGUUAUCGCCGCCAAAUUCCCUGACAUCUUCGAGCGUGCAACGGCAUGUGCACUUGACAAAGAAGAGGCGGCGGUGACGCGCGCCGCAGCGUUCCGAUGCGUCGCCGCGCUCAUCGCGGGAAGCUUUGCGCAGGAAGUUUCACUGGAAAUUCCAGACGACGGCUUCUAUUCGGGGGAGAAGUCCUCCGUGCCGUUCCCAUCGAUCCCGAUGCUCGCCGCAAAGGACGUGUGGCGAGACUUUGCCAGAGUACUUAUGGAUGAUGUGAGUGGUGACGAUGAACGUGUUGCUGUUUUGCAUCGCGGCGCCUCUUCAGCGCUGCUCGCCGCCGCGCGCGUCGACGCGCUCGGCAUCGCUGAAGCGUUUGACUUUAAUCCCAGUCAUGAGACGGAUGGCACGAUGUGGCACGGUACUUUCGCAGUCUUGCGAAGGACCAAGUUUGUCGGCUACGGUUCCACCGAUGCGGCCGCGGCUGCAUCGAAUGUAGCCGCUCUGUUAGGCGUCAUGGUCGUCGCCGGUGUGACGAGCUUUGACGUCAAACUCGCAGCGUCGGCGUUAUACGAUUGCCUGCGUAACGCUUCGCGCACCUUGCGCUCUGGCGGCGGUGGUGCAGCUGCCCGAGCGGCGUCCAGAUGUGCCGAGGCGCUCGCAACUGUAUUACAAGCCCACUCGCACGGCGAUGAAGACGUGUUCCCGUCUCACGGCGUCGCGGCGAUGUGCGCAGAAAUUCUCGCCAACGCGGUCGGGCCGAGUGCGAGUCCAGAAUGCAUCAAAGCUUCCGUUGGCGCGUGUCUGCUUACAUCCACAGUAUUCCGAUCGAAAUCGACCUCCGAGCGCGCCAUCGAUGGCGCUUUUGAACACGUUGGAGCGUCGAUAUUACAAUCACUACUUGUCCUGUGGCACUUCCGCUUGCUCGGUAACUCAACGCAACAACGCUCGGUCCCGACAAUGUCUAUCAUUAUCAGCGCCACGCGGAACGUGCUCGCGCACGACGUCAGCGCAAAAGCCGCGGCUUGUGAGUGGGGUCUAGUAAGCAGUUUAGUUCAGACGACCGUCGCGGCGGUGCGACGUUCAAUGAGUCCGGAUGGAUCGUUCAAGAGCGUGCCCACCGCCAUGGACGUCUACGUCGCUUCCUCGGCGAUGAGGGCGAAUCGUAGGGAUGCCCUCGCUGCCGCCAUGGAAUUCGGACUCGAUGCCGAUGGGAAAGAACUACCAUCAACCGUCGCCCUCGGAUCCCUCACGUGCUUGCGACAUAUGAUGUACUCUUUUCCGACGAGCACAAGCGACGACGCUUGGCUAGAGGAAAUCGUCAACGAAAUCCGCGAAAACGCCGUGGAUUCGGGCAUCGUGGACAUGUUCCGGACGACUUGGCCGUACGCAACGCUCGAUCAGACGGUGAUGUACGAGUUACUGUCCCUCGUGGUGAACUUUGUCGCCAAAUGUCCGAACUCGAAACGGGCAAUCACCGCCGUCGGCGCCGGCGAGGAUGGCGAACAACCCAAAUCCUUCGCGCAACGUUUGAUGGAUCACGCUUUUGACUCCAAGCACGCCCCUGGGUCUUCGAGUCUAUGCUUGACGUUGAAGGCGUUGUCGUCGCUUGCCACGGUCGAAGGGCCGGCGCGUUAUUGGCUCAUCCGCUCGUCUUUCGUAGACGACGUCGCGCUGACGCUCGCGCACGCGUUGACCAAGGUACGCGCAUAUGACAGCGACGCCAACGACGUCCCGCGCGCGCGCUGGAUGACGACCGUGACCGCGUGCGUCCGUGCACUGUGCAACGUAGCGUCGUUCGGCGAUGGUCAGCGUGCUGUUUUGCGCGCUAACGCUGGAGCACACGUUUUCGAGCUUUGUCUGGAAGUCGUCGCCGCCGCCGCGGACCCUAACGACGACGCCCGUCGUGAGACGUUUCUGCUCAUGCACAACCUCGCCUUCCACCCAGACGCAAAGUCGCAUUACGCCGCGAAUGAAGUCGCCAUCGAUUGUCUAGUUCAAGGCGUGCGCGACGAAGAUUUACAGUGCGCGUCUGCGUCCUGUGGCGCGCUCUUCGCGCUCACGCGAAACGGACAGCGCGUCUGCGCCCUGCUCCGCGAGCGCGGUCGCGAUCGCGCUUUGCGCGCUGCUUCCAAGUCUCACGCCGCGAAAACGCCGAACGACCCGCGCUCCAAGCACUGGUCCCGAUGUCUCCGAGGCAUCUUGCUCGUGCUCAGCGCCAACGAAAAAGUCGACGCGUACGACGGCGCGCUUCGAUAGGGUCGUCGACGACAAAUUUCCCGUAUCUAU